AUGGGGGAUUUGAGGAGCCUGAAAAUGGCGAUUGUGGGCAUUAUUGGCGGCGAGAAGAACGGCUGCACAGAAGAGAAACUGCUACAAUUGUAUAGUUUGGUGUACCACAAGCCUCUGGAGCCAAGUGCGUAUGGGUUUGCUGACAUGAAAUCGCUGCUGAACUCGCCGGAGAUGCAGGGCAGUGAUGGGUUUGAAUACCAUGGUGGCCGGUAUUUCGUGGCCAGCAACAAGAAAAUUACAAGAAUUCUUGGCUUGGUUCGCGGCACAAGACAUAGAAAAAAGUCCUAUCCCGAGAGGAUCACAGGACCACGCAUAGGUAAUUUCGAAUAG